AUGUUCAUUGAAAAACUUUCUAACUUGAUAUGUUUUUGUUCAAUUAUUACACUAUGUUAUGCUGUAACAAACCCUAAUGAUUUCAAAGUUUUGAAUGAUUUUAGAAAAGGGUUGGAAAAUCCUGAGCUUCUGAAAUGGCCAGAAAAAGGAAACAAUGAUCCAUGUGGUCCUCCUUCAUGGCCUUAUGUCUUCUGUUCUGAAGAUAGAGUCACUCAGAUUCAAGCUAAGAAUCUUGGUCUUAGAGGAACAUUGCCUCAAAACUUUAACCAACUCACAGAACUCUACAAUUUAGGUCUUCAACGCAACAAUCUCACCGGGAUUUUACCAAGUUUCAGUGGCUUGUCGAAGCUGGAAUUCGCUUUCUUGGAUUACAAUUCAUUUGAUGCUAUUCCGCUUGAUUUCUUCAUAGGAUUAACAAGCCUUAGGGUUUUGUCCUUGGAAGAGAAUCAACUCAAUGUGAGUACUAAUGGUUGGUCAUUUCCUUCGGAUUUGGAAAAAUCGGUUCAGUUAACGAAUCUUUCUCUUGUUCAUUGUAAUUUGGUUGGAUCUUUGCCUGAUUUUCUAGGCACAUUGCCAUCUCUCACAAAUCUAAGGCUUUCGAACAACAAACUUUCCGGUACGAUUCCGGCUACUUUUUCUCAAUCUUCAGUUCAGGUUCUGUGGUUGAAUAAUCAAGAAGGAGAAGGUGGUUUUUCAGGUUCGAUUGAUGUUAUUGCUUUGAUGGUUUUCUUAACGCAGAUUUGGCUACACGGAAACAAGUUUUCGGGUAGAAUUCCGAACAACAUUGGAAAUCUCACUUCAUUGAAGGAACUCAACCUUAACAGUAACCAAUUUGUUGGGUUGAUUCCACAAUCCUUAGCAGAAAUGAAACUCGAGUUACUUGUUUUGAACAAUAACAUGCUAAUGGGUCCGAUACCGAAGUUUAAGGCUGCAAACUUUACUUAUGAUGAUAAUCUCUUUUGCCAAGCUGAGCCUGGACUUGAAUGUUCUCAACAAGUUACAUUACUGUUGGAUUUUCUGGAUAAUCUGAAUUAUCCGUCGUUCCUGAUUUCCGAUUGGUCAGGUAAUAAACCGUGCACGAGUAGCACAGGACCGUGGUUUGGAUUGAGCUGUAAUGCCUCUGAGGUAUCUUUAAUUAAUCUACCAAGACAUAAGCUUAAUGGUAGUUUAAGUCCUUCACUUGCUAAGUUAGAAUCACUUCUCGAAAUUAGGCUUGCUGGAAAUAAUAUAUCUGGCGUAGUUCCGAGUGAUUUUACUAAAUUGAAAUCCUUGAGAUUGUUGGAUUUGAGUGACAAUAAUAUUGAAUCUCCUUUGCCGAAUUUUCGUGAUGGUGUGAAGGUUAUUACCGUCGGUAAUCCUUUUCUUAAUAACCAAACUGGAGGGAGUGUUAGUCCUGUUAUUAGCGGUGGCCCGAGUUCGGAAAACAACUCGACACACUCUCCAUCUUCAUAUAAUCAUCAGCCAGUUCCAAGCUCAGAUCAUAGAAGAUUCAAGACAGUACCAACAUUGGUUGGAGUUGCAGUGUUUGCAGUUGUAGCUUUUUUUAUUGUUUAUCUCUUUUUGUGUUUCUUUAAGAAGGAUAAAAACUCCUCGGAUGCUCCGAGUUCCAUCGUGGUUCAUCCUCGAGAUUCGUCUGAUCCAUACAAUGUAGUUAAAAUUGCGGUUUCAAGCAACACUGGAAGCUUAACAGAAAAAAGCGGGAUGAGUUCUCUGACUAACUUAAGUGGUGAAACUAAAAACUCGCACCUAAUUGAGGUUGGAAACCAUGUCAUAUCGGUGCAAAUGCUACGCAAGGUUACUAACGAUUUUGCAUCAGAAAAUGAGCUAGGCCGUGGUGGAUUUGGAACUGUUUACAAAGGGGAAUUAGAAGAUGGAACCAAUAUAGCAGUGAAGAGAAUGGAGAAUGGAGUUAUCGGAAAUAAGGCCGUGGAAGAGUUUCAAGCUGAAAUUGAUGUUCUUUCUAAGGUUCGUCAUCGACAUUUGGUAUCUCUUUUGGGGCAUUCCAUUGAAGGAAAUGAAAGACUUUUAGUUUAUGAGUAUAUGCCACUUGGUGCUCUAAGUCAGCAUCUUUUUCAUUGGAAAAAAUUGGAUUUAAAACCUUUGUCUUGGUCACAAAGGCUUGUAAUAGCACUAGAUGUUGCGAGAGCGAUGGAAUAUCUUCACAGUCUUACUCGCGAGACCUUUAUUCAUAGAGAUCUCAAGUCUUCUAAUAUUCUGCUAGGUGACAAUUUUCGUGCAAAAGUUUCGGAUUUCGGUCUUGUGAAACUCGCCCCAAAUGGUGAAAAAUCUGUAGUAACAAAACUUGCUGGGACAUUCGGUUACUUAGCCCCGGAAUAUGCAGUGAUGGGGAAAAUCACCACAAAAGUUGAUGUAUUCAGCUACGGUGUCGUGUUAAUGGAGCUUCUAACUGGACUAACAGCCCUUGAUGAGAGCCGGUCAGAGGAAAUCCGAUACUUAGCCGAAUGGUUUUGGCGAGUUAAAUCGAACAAUGAGAAGCUUAUGGCUGCUAUUGAUCCAGCUUUGGAACAAAAUGAAGAAACAUGUGAAAGUAUAACUAUUGUAGCAGAACUUGCUGGACAUUGCACUGCUAGGGAACCAUACCAUAGGCCAGAUAUGAGUCAUGCUGUCAAUGUACUAUCAGCAGUAGUGGAGAAAUGGCGACCGGUUUCCAAUGAACUCGACGACUCCUAUUCUGCCGUUCACGGUACUCGACCACUUCCACAAAUGUUGAAAAUUUGGAAGGAUGCAGAAAAUGGCGAGUUUAGUUAUAGCAGUACUUCUGCUAGUGUUGAAGACAGUAAAGGGAGUAUUGCAGUGCGGCCUACCGGAUUCGCUGACUCCUUCACUUCUGCUGAUGCUAGAUGA